AUGAUCAUAUGCAGCUGUAAACAAGUGAGUUCCGUGGAUGAACUGCAAACACUUUUAUCAGCCUUCCGAAUUGGUCGUGCUUCGAUGGCAAUUGCCUCCACUCUUAAUAAUGCAGCUCCGAAGUACGCGGAAAUACAGAGAAAGGUCGUCUACAAGUCAGAUCCUGCUCACCAGGGUCAGCCUACGCUGUACUUACGAAAUCUUCGAGAUAAAGGAGAUUAUAGGAUUUGCGACGUGGAGCUGCGCGUGAAAGCAAUGCGAAUACGAAUACAUUCGGCUGUCAUCGCAGCGCAUAGCGCUAAAAUAGCUAAUAUGACCGAAGAAGCGAAGGAUGUUAUUUUGAGAAUCAUCUACCACAAUCGUGCUGCUAUAACGGCUAAUGAAAUAAUGGCUCUUAGUCCAUGGGCAAUUAAAGCAUUGGUCUCUGCAAGAGUGAGCAAGCAAGUGAAAAUUGCUUUAAUCAACAUCAGUGUGAACUGGCUGCGGCAUCCACGAAAUCUUCCAUAUGCAACAUCUGUCUUGCCUCUUAUCACCAUUGAUCAAAUGCAUGAGAAAGAAAUGACUGCUUUUCAGCAAACACUGAAAACUGCUCUUCGCAAUCCCUCAACUAGACAAUCAGUCACAGUGUCGCUAGAUAAUUCUGGACGUCCAGUCAUCAGGAUGGAUAGACACAGCUUCCAGAAAAACGCCGGCAAAACCGUGGAAGACUUAGACUCGAAGAAACCAUCUACCAGUAUUUUCCGACAACUUAUACCGAAGAAACUGAACGAAAUCAAGCUCAUUUCGGAUGAUAAUUCUGGUGGCAGCGAGGAAGAUGAGGACCUUCCAUCAUAUAAGGAGACUAAGAAG